GAAGGGGGGAAAAAAUAGUCUUCAUCGGUUGAUCAGGCAUUCGCCGGAGCCGCCUCCUUCAUACCCUUUUCAUUCAAGAUGGCGGGCGACGAGUCUGGUACAACGCUUGGUCAGCCGCAUCUGGCCAGACAAGACCUUAGUUCUCUGGAUGUGUCUACCUUGACGCCUCUCUCUCCAGAGAUCAUCAGCAGACAGGCCACCAUCAAUAUCGGCACCAUCGGUCAUGUGGCCCAUGGAAAGUCCACAGUAGUGAAGGCCAUUUCUGGUGUUCACACUGUCCGGUUCAAGAACGAGCUGGAGAGGAAUAUCACCAUCAAGCUAGGAUAUGCUAACGCUAAGGUCUAUCAGCUGGACGACCCCAGCUGUCCCCGGCCAGAGUGCUACAGGUCGUGUGGCAGCAGCACUCCCGAUGAGUUUCCCUCAGACAUCCCCGGCACCAAGGGCAACUUCAAACUGGUCAGACACGUGUCCUUUGUCGACUGUCCCGGUCACGACAUUUUGAUGGCAACUAUGUUGAACGGAGCCGCCGUCAUGGAUGCAGCCCUCCUGCUUAUUGCCGGUAACGAGUCGUGUCCUCAGCCCCAGACGUCAGAGCACUUGGCGGCCAUAGAGAUCAUGAAGCUGAAGCACAUCCUCAUCCUGCAGAACAAGAUCGACCUGGUGAAGGAGAGCCAGGCCAAAGAGCAGUACGAGCAGAUCCUCGCCUUCGUCCAGGGCACAGUAGCAGAGGGCGCUCCCAUCAUUCCUAUCUCCGCACAGCUGAAGUACAACAUCGAGGUAGUUUGUGAGUACAUCGUCAAAAAGAUCCCGGUGCCCCUGAGAGACUUCACGUCCGAGCCCAGACUCAUCGUCAUCAGAUCUUUUGAUGUGAACAAGCCCGGCUGUGAAGUCGAUGACUUGAAAGGAGGCGUAGCAGGAGGAAGUAUCCUGAAGGGCGUGCUCAAGGUGGGUCAGGAGCUCGAGGUGCGGCCAGGUAUCGUAUCCAAAGACCACGAAGGGAAGCUGAUGUGCAAACCCAUCUUCUCCAAGAUCGUCUCUUUGUUUGCUGAGCACAACGACCUGCAGUACGCUGCGCCCGGAGGCCUGAUCGGCGUGGGAACUAAGAUCGACCCGACGCUGUGCCGUGCGGAUCGUAUGGUCGGUCAGGUGCUGGGCGCCGUCGGAGCGUUGCCAGAGAUCUUCACCGAGCUGGAGAUCUCCUACUUCCUGCUCAGGAGGCUGCUGGGAGUCCGCACAGAGGGGGACAAGAAGGCUGCCAAGGUCCAGAAGCUGUCUAAGAACGAGGUGCUGAUGGUCAACAUCGGCUCGUUGUCGACAGGCGGCCGCGUCAGCGCCGUCAAGGCUGAUUUGGCCAAGAUCGUCCUCACCAACCCGGUCUGCACAGAGGUCGGCGAGAAGAUCGCCCUGAGUCGACGUGUGGAGAAGCACUGGCGUCUGAUUGGAUGGGGGCAGAUCAGGAGGGGCGUGACCAUCACACCCACAGUGGACGAUGACUGAGGAGGAAAACGCUGGACAUCACAGCCAUCACCACACGCUUUUUUUGUUGUUUUUAUUUCCACAAGGAGGAAGGAACAGAACAGGACGCGUCUGUGGUGUAAAGAUAUUUACAGACGCCACCUCCCUCUGCUCCUCUUCCUCAGACGAAGGAGAGCCGAGGAGGCCCUUUAGACUAUCCUAUCGGCCCUCCAGAGGCCCCUGGGCGGUUGAUCGAGUACAGAUAUGAUCCUGUACUGUGCAGAUUUCAGUCUGAGCUAAUAAAAAUACAUUUGGAAGAAA